CUGAACCACAUCUCAUAUUAUGAAGUCCUUGGUGUGCCGCAGGACUGUUCAACGAAAGACGUGAAAUCUGCAUACCAUCGUCUUCUACUUACACACCACCCCGACAAGAAGGUACAGCGAGAAGACACUACGAUAUUACCAAAUAGACACUCCAUACAACUAAUACAGGAUGCGUACCGAACCCUCUCGGAUACACAGCAACGAAAAGAUUACGACGCGGCAAUACAUACGCAUUUUAUCAAGUUAGGACUAACAGCUUUAUCGGCCUCAACAGUUAACAUCGAUGGUAUGGAUCGCAUAGACUUAAGUGAGUUUGAAGUGACUGAAUCACAGCCAGAAAAGGGGGGUGUGGGAACUGCAGGUGAUAGCGAACUUGAGGAGGUUUUCGUCCAUGCAUGUCCGAGAUGCCAUUUUGAGGACGGAUUUGUGUUGUCUGAAACGGAUCUUGAGCAAGGUACACACGAACAAGAGCAGAAUAGAUUGAAUUCUACUGAUGUAGAUUACCAGCUGCUUCUACAGUGCGCUUCUUGUAGCUUGUGGCUUUGCGUGACUUACUCUAUA